AUGUGCCCAGCAUUCAAUCGCUUCAAUCACGUUUCUUUCCAUUUCUUGACAGUGUCAACCUUGCAAGAGCACGAGGUUGCUCAUGCGGUGCACUUUGCACCGAUUUGUUAUGCUUUCGAUACCCCACGCAGUUUGACCUCUGUGAGAGAGGUAGCAGGUGGACGGAGGAGCAGCGGCUUUGAGAUGGUCAUCGACCCUAGCUGGUCGCCCUCUCUACGAGUAGAGAGCAAUUUCAGAGGAUCGCCAACGAAACGCCCGGGGCGUGGACGUGGAAGGCAUCGGUGUGCAUGUCAUUUUCAACAGUCGAGAACAGGCAAUCAUGCAGCAUACGACAUGUACGAUACUGGCUGGCCUCGAAGCCCAGGAUCGCGACCGACCGAGGACAGGGUGUGGAGCUAUUUGGGGACGGAGGAUUAUGGAGAGGAACAUGGGCAUUUAUCAAAUUGGACACCAUGGACACGACUGAUAUGA